AUGGAACCCGUCUUGAACUUACCAGACGGGUUUGGAAACUGGGCUGUAGCAUUUAUUGUUUGCAACUUCAACGUCGAUGUAGGACCGGAGAUCGAGAUCUUAUAUCCACCAACUGUUGCUUUUAGCACUGCAGAUCUGACUGCCAUAUGCUUCAACAGCUUUCCAGAACAGCAGAACACUGAGACGGCUGAGGAUCUAGCCUUCAACUUCACUGUCACCAACAACUCGCCUGACAUCAAGCUGAGCUCACCGAAUUCACCACACGGCAGUGCCGACCUGUUCUUCGCAUCAUGCGUCUUCCGCCAGGAGUUCGAUGACACCAUGAAGAGGAGCUUCAAUCAGAGGUCGAUGGUCCUUAUCUCCCAUCACAACUUCACUAGCUUCAAUAACCGCAUUCUGCAAGUAAUGACAGAAAGCGGAGCGAUCAGUGACCCGACCACCCUGGAAGGAGCCCAUGCACAGAUGAAUAACUGGUCGCCCCCAUCCAUAGGUCGCCAUGAGCUCCCGUUUCUAGGACACGUUCUAACGCUGGAUAUCGCACCACAUCCAUCGUUUCCGCUGCAGGGUCUUGCUGGGUCAACACCCUUGGUAGCGGAAUCCCAUCCCUCCAUCUACGCCUAUGAGCCCGUCGGUUCCUGGGACACCAUCAUGUACUUCAUGCCGUGCAUCACGGAUCUCUACGUCCUCUACGAGAAACUGAUUCUCUGCGAAUCCGUCAUCGUAGUCGCCAAGUCCCCCCAACUCGCCAGCGAAGCUGUCUCCUCGUUCCUCGACAUCAUCAGACCCGUCCCCUACGCCGGCGUCGUAAAACCCUACAUGACCAUGCAGGCCGACUUCCGCAGCAUCGGCAUCGACGGCGGCACACCGCGGCCCUUCAUAAUCGGCAUCACCAACCCCUUCCUGCUAAAACGCAUCGUCGCCGCCGCAGAGAAAACACAAGAUACGCGUCCACACAUCUUGUACCUGCAGAACUUCGACGGGCCAGUACCUACACGGCGGCACUACUCGCUUCAUCACAAGUCCAGCCGCAACGUGCUUCUCGAUCUGCCAGGCGGCGGCAUUGAAGUACACACACCUUCGAAGAGGUUUUUAAAAUCCGACUCGGCAGUGAUAAACCAAAUUGAAAGCACCCUAAAACUCGACAGCCAAACAUCCUCCCUUGGCCCGCUCAUCCGCCGCCACUUCGCAGAACUCACGGCCCAGUUCAUCGCGCCCAUCAACCGGUACCUCGCGACCAGCAACGUCGUCUCGCCCGGCGGCCACCAGCGGUACGCCUCCUUCUCAAUACCCGAGUUUCUGGCUAGUCUGAGUAAAUAUGGGACGAGUGUGAAGUUGAGAGACCAGGGCCCAAUCCAGAGACACAGGAAUAGGGAUGGUUUGUAUGCGGCGUUUUGCGCGAGUGAGAAUUUCUAUAGUUGGUUGGAUAUGAAGAUUAGCUUGGAGAAUGAGGCGAGUGCGGGGUUGCUGGGGGCGGCGCCGGUGGGUGUGAAGGGUAGUUGA